AUGAGGACAGUGGUUACCGUAGAGGAUUUCUUUGAGGAAUCGGGCCGUGCAUUUCGGGCAGCAUCGACCAGUUCUGAAGCCGCACUGAAGGCACGAGUAGACAGCUCCUGGCAAAUUGCCCUCAACUUUGAAAGGCUGUCGGCAGAGCACCGUGGUGCUUUGCUCUUUAGAAGAGCGCCAGGGUAUUUCCUGUUGGGAUCAAAUGAAAACGACAACAAGGUCGAAAGGAUUGUAGACAAGAGGAAGAACAAGAAAGGAAAAUGGGAGUAUCUCAUCCGAUGGAAAGGCUACGGCAGCACGGAGGACACGUGGGAGCCAGAGCACCAUCUGUUGCACUGUGAGGAGUUUAUCGACGAAUUCAACGGGCUGCAUGUGUCCAAGGACAAAAGAAUCAAGUCAGGGAAGCAGGCCGGCACCUCCAAGCUCCUGCGUGACGGCCGGGGCCCAUCGGCCGAGAAACUCUCCCACAGACCUUCAGAAUCCGGGAAAAGCAAAGGGACGUCCCAUAAACGGAAGCGGAUCAACCCUUCCCUGUCCAAGCCGAAGAAAGGGUAUUCAGCCAAGCCCCCCGCGGGAGGUGACAGGGCCACCAAGACCGUGUCUUACAGGACUACCCCCAGCGGUUUGCAAAUAAUGCCGCUGAAAAAGGCUCAGAAUGGGAUGGAAAACGGAGACACGGGUUCCGAGAAGGACGAGAGGCACUUUGGAAACGGAUCCCAUCAGCCCGGCUUGGAUCUGAAUGACGUCGGAGGGCAAGACCUGGCGGAGUGUGGCGUGAACCACGCGGCACUGGCGGAGAACGGGCUCGGCUCUGCUCUGACCAAUGGGGGACUGAACCUGCACAGCCCCGUGAAGAGGAAGCUGGAAGCAGAGAAGGACUAUGUCUUUGACAAGAGGCUCAGGUACAGCGUCCGCCAGAAUGAGAGCAACUGUCGGUUUCGGGACAUCGUCGUGCGGAAGGAGGAGGGUUUCACACACAUCCUCCUGUCCAGCCAGACCUCGGACAACAACGCGCUGACCCCUGAGAUCAUGAAGGAGGUCCGGCGAGCGCUGGGCAACGCGGCCACGGACGACAGCAAACUGCUGCUUCUCAGCGCGGUGGGCAGCGUGUUCUGCAGUGGCCUGGAUUACUCCUACCUAAUUGGCCGGUUGUCCAGCGACCGGAGAAAGGAGAGUACCCGGAUUGCUGAAGCCAUCAGGGACUUUGUGAAGGCCUUCAUCCAGUUUAAGAAGCCUAUCGUGGUCGCGAUCAAUGGGCCUGCCCUGGGCCUCGGUGCCUCCAUCCUGCCCCUCUGCGACAUUGUGUGGGCCAGUGAGAAGGCCUGGUUUCAGACCCCGUAUGCCACCAUCCGCCUCACGCCUGCUGGCUGCUCCUCAUACACCUUCCCCCAGAUCCUGGGGGUCGCACUGGCCAAUGAGAUGCUCUUCUGUGGGCGGAAGCUCACUGCGCAGGAGGCGUGUAGCAGGGGCCUGGUGUCCCAGGUCUUCUGGCCGACCACGUUCAGCCAGGAAGUCAUGUUGCGGGUCAAGGAGAUGGCAUCCUGCAGCGCAGUGGUGUUGGAGGAGUCGAAAUGCCUCGUCCGGAGCUUCCUGAAAUCUGUGCUCGAGGACGUGAACGAGAAGGAAUGCCUCAUGCUCAAGCAGCUCUGGAGCUCCUCCAAGGGCCUGGAUUCCUUGUUCAGCUACCUGCAGGACAAAAUUUACGAAGUCUGAGGAGCCCCAGGCCACUUGCCCCCAUGUUCGAGGGCACCUGACUUCCAGCUUUGCGCUGUGCCUCAGAGAUCAGAGCGCAGCGUGUGCUGGCCAAGGAGUCCAUGAAGGUGUCUCUGUUGUGUCCAUUUCCUCGCGUCCUUUGGUGUUCCACAGUGGUUUGAUUUUGUAGAACAGAUGGGAAACUCAGCAUACUUGGCCUCUCCCAGCCCCCCCCCUCCCCCCGCAUCCACCCCUGCACUGGCUAGAGAGCUAUAGAGGGCUAUAUCUUCCCAGGCCUCUGCCAGUCCCCACUCACUGAAAUGUGCCACCCUGGUCCAGGAAGGGGAAACCAGGCUUCCCCUUCCUUCUGACUCGGGCUGUGUCCACACAGUGCCUCUGCUUCGGAGACUUGGCUGUAUGGCUCUCCGGUCAAGUGCAGAUCAGGUGACGGGGGACGGUCCAUAUUAGGGAAUUUCCAGGCCAAUGAGUGAAAGUGGUUGUGUGCAGAGCCAGCCUGUCUUCUCUCUGAUGCAAAUCUGUGUGACUUUUAGGGCUUGGUCUUAAAACCCAACUGUGCGAUUUGCAAACCCACAUAUUGUACGUUUAGGAAUGUUUUGUUAAAUAUAUAUUUUUAAAACAAUGUAAGUGGAAAUUCUGAUAAUUUAUGUGUAUUAUAUGUAAAGCUAGUUUUACAAACACAUGAACUACUAGGAAAAAAAUUUCUUUCCUUAAUCAACCUUAUUUAAUUUAUUUAUUUUUGUUUAUAUAUUAUGAUAUCUGUCAUUGACACAGAUAUUAUUUUCCUACUGCCCUGGACCAAAUCCCAUACAAGGUUCAUGCCAUUGGGUGUGUUCCAGCAAUGAACCACACAGAAAUAAAAUUCAGAGAGAUGUAAAUGGAAGGAUCCCCAUGGGUAAGAGGAAUAACUUUGCACCAGAUUCUCUUCAUGUAAAAUGGUUCUCAGCUGUAAUAAUUGCAUCCUUAUUGUUGGGAGAAAUUAUGGCAGAGUUUUUUCUUCACUUUGCUGCCUUGAAGGAAAUAAAGGGGCCUCCAGCCUGAAUGGUGCUGAGACAGACUUAGUCCCUAGUUUGUGACGUCAGGAAGAGCUAAUCGGCCCUGCCUAGGGAUUGCAUGUUGUCUAGAGUGAGCCUUUUUCCUUUGGGGCAAAUGACGGAGCUUAGAUUUCAGAGUCUCUUUCCUCCGUGUGGACAGCGGUGUCUGGUUUUGGCUGUCCAGGGAUGUGGGGAGCUGCUCCCGCUCCGUUGAGCUGUCGGGAGGUGUGAAUCAUCUACGUGCAUCAGGGAGAAAUAACCAGGGAUGAGGUCUCCUAUCCCAGGGUCCCUGAGCUGCAUGGGGACCCCGGUAUCCGCUGGCCCAAAGUCCAUGGAUCAGCUGCAGAGAAGUGGCAGGGUUGCUUUGGAUCUGGGUUGGUGAGGAGAAAGGGAAGACCUUGACUUUGGAGCAAUGAUAGGAGUGUGUUCUGCAUUAGACUUAAACCUGCCAUGGGUCAGUUAGAGUCUCAGAAUGGUGGGAUUUUUUCAUGUCCGUGACAACCCCAGGGUAUUCUCAGAGGCCCCCGCUGCUUGCCUCAUCUUCUCUUUCCCUCUGUCAUCACCAGCCUAUCUCUGCCCUUGUUGGACCCAGUGAGUGGAGCAGCAAGUGCCGGGCACAGCCGGGGGAGAGGAGACAGGCUGAGAACAGGGAGGGCCCUAGCUAUUCCUGUCUCUCCCUCUGACCCUUUCUCUUUUAAAGGUGAGCAGAUGCAAUGGGAGGGGACUCCCGACCCUGAGCUCUGUGUUUUAAGAACAGGUUGAGCAGCUACACUAUGGCUAGAGACAUGGUUUUGUAGACGGUGCAUAUGAAGUUCAUCUGGACACGAUCCUUACAAUUGCCGUGGUUCCCACUAUAGACAGCCUCUCUCAUUUUGAGUUGCUCGUGACCUCAGGAGGGUCAGGGAAGAGGAAACUUCUUGCCUUCCCCUCUCUUCUUCUGCGCCUGCUUGGCCCCCGUGGGAUCCUGCAGGAAUUGCAGGUCUAGGCUGCAGGGGAUUACUCUGAGGAAACACCCACUUUUGCCCAGACGCCUAUGGUCCUAUCUCCACUUGGGUGUUGUCUCUUCCUCUGAGAAAGCAGAUGUAUGCUCUCCCCAAGCCCCUGGACAGACAUCAUUCUUGUGUGUUGUGCGGAUAAUCUCUUCCCCACUGCUAAAUCCUCUGAAGAAAAAGCUCUGUGCUUUCUGUGUACUUUUGGGGGGAAUAGGGUUUCCUGUCUGGAGAAGCAGUGUCCGAAUUCUCAUUAGGAAUGGCAGAGGAUGUUUGGAAGUUCCUUUGGAUCAAUGUCUAUCUCUGUUCUCUGCAGAAAGAACCUGAAAUGCUGUUGCUUUGGCCAUAUUGCAGAUCCAAACUUCUGAAUGUUUGAAGGAUCUCUGACGAUAAGGUCAGACAGAAUGUGAAACCAUUAAUGAGGGUAGAGUUCCUGGCUGUCAAUUUGUAGGUUCUGGGUAAAGUAGGAGGUGUCUCAAAGGACAGUCUGUGUUUUGGUUAUUUCUAUACAGUGUAUUUGAGGGGAAUGCUCUACCAAUUGGGCAGAAGUAGGUGAAAUCUGUUUGCUAUGGGGUAGACUGCAUGGAUGAAUUCUCCACUUUGUGGAUAGUUGUUUUGAUACUGUGAAGAUGAAAUCGAGACUUUUAGCAAUUUGACCUGGGAUGGAAAAUGCCAGACCCGGGGAUGUGUCUGUGUUUAUCCUAACAGCGUUCUCGAAGCUGCGGGGCUCAGGCUUUCACUUCUUAUCUUCAGUCACAGAGCCCUCUCUCUACCCACAGUGUCCUUUCUCCCCUCUCUGCACCCUGCUUCGCCUCCACACCACCCUGUCUGUCCCUUCCCAGAGCCUGGGCAGGUCUCUGAGGAAUUGUGCCUGGUCUUGGCAGACCUAACCCAGAAUGACCUCUGGGGUUGGAAGGACAGCUACGGGCGGGAAGGUCGUUGAGGGUACUUCUUCAGUCAGGGAACCUUCUAGGCAACCCAGUCCUUCCAUCCUGUCAGCCAUGCAUUAGAACUCCCCUCCCCUCUCUGCUCCAACCCCUGGUGAUCAGCACCCAGCAUCUUGUAGUGGAGCCACUGGGCUUAGUGGUCUUGAUCCAAGAGGACUUUGUGUAGAACUUUGCCAAGGUGCUCAGAGCUCCCCACCAUUCGGAAACCCCACGCUAGUGCUGAUGUGCCCACAUACCCCUUCCUGCUUCCAACUACUGUCUGUGGCCAAAAACCAUCAAGAAUUACCCUCUAAGAAUGAAAUCGAGUAGCUUUGAGAAGAGAGUCCGUUUAAAAUGUUAUUCUUGUCCAGUAUAGUCUCGACUAGGAAAUGUUCUCUCUGAAGCAUGACAAUAGGUUUCCUUCCAUAUGAAGUUUGGUAUCAGGAUGGAAAAGUAGUAAUCAAAAUGGACUCUGAUCAAUGCAACCGUAGCUCCAAAUAUCCAUGUUUAAAAAUAGCCUUGACUGAAUGUUGAAUGGCACUUCCCAUUAAUUGUUGGUUUAGAAAAUUUUAUAAACUUUUUUUAAUUUGAAAUUGAGUCACAUUCAUGCAAUUUUCCAGUCUGAUUUCUGUGGGAAAAAAAUUUUUUUAAGAGAAACAAAGAGAAACGUCUUCAAAUCUUCCUACGUGAAUAUUUAAAAUGCAGAAUUGCUUCUCUUCUGUGUUUCUGUAUUCAGACACUUAGAUCUGUUGUACAUAUUAUUUAGACACUCUCACUAAUAUACACAGUAUUUAAGACUCUAAAUGAGAUUUCUUAAGUAUUUUAUUUUAUUCUCUGUAAAUGGUUUUGUAUAAUCUUUAAAAAUCUACACUUUGCCUUUGUAGAUAUUUAAGGGAAACCAUUUGGGGGUUGUCUUGCAUGUAUAUUUUUGUUGUAGAUAAGUGUUGCUCAGUUAUUUCUGCAGAUUUUGGUUGAAAUGCUUACAGACUUUAAUACAGUAUAUAUUUUCAGAAUAUAAACUUUUAUAUUUCUGUGGUAAGUUAGGAUAUGCGUUUUAGGCAAUCUUUUCCAUUAAUAUCACUUGUUCUUUCAGAAAAUAGCAUACUGGUUUGGUGCCAAUGGUUUUAUGUUAUUUUUUCAUUAGAAUCUACUGCUCUCGUAUUGUCAAGAGAGCAGCUUUAGUCUUCUUUUUCUCAAAGCAAUUGAGUUUGAAGUAUAAUUUGAAAAUGUAUUGAAUUUGUGGAUAAGCCUUACCAUUAGGAUCAGUAAAAUUUUCCAACCUUUGCAACUACAUAUGUAGUUUAGGACCUCCCCAUAAAGUCUCACUGUGUGGCAGUUGAUGGAGUCUGUGAACAGAGCCUUAAGCUUGUUGCAAAAAAAUAAAAAUAAAAAUAAGGGUAAUACGGGUUGUUUCUUCCAAGCAACGUAAGCCAUGCUGAUGGACUCAGUGCAGUCUGUACGUCAUGGCUAAUCUGGAGAGUUUGGUUGAGCUGACGGCAGCAGGGGCCAGUCAGGCACCUUGGUGAUUCUCUUUCACCAUACGAAUGGACCAAGGACUGGUUUCCUGGAGCCACCUUCGUACUAUUCACAUGGUUUAGACAUGGUCACAGGGAGGGCUUGCUGGUCUAUCAUUUGUUCUGAACAAAUGGCAUUUCCUGCUCUUGACCUUGGCAGUUGACCCCAGGGCCCUUGUGGUUGACCUGGAAUCAUCCAGCCAGUUGAGGUCAGCACUCCAUGAGAGGUGUUAACAAAGUUUACAUGUGAGUCUUACUGUGUAGACAAUCUGAAGUCAAUUUCAGUUACGUAAUCAGCAUUCCCAUGUGCCCCGAGUGUCUUAUCAAUGAACUGUGCAUGUUAAGCCAUACUAAACCUGAGGUUAGCAGGGCAGAGGCAAACUAGAUGAAGAGCAUUGCAUCAGCUGAGUCCGUUCGCCAGGGGCCGUUUUAAUGCAGUGUAAGUCAUGGAGCUCAUUGGUGGUGCAUCCAUUCUGUCUGAGGCCUAACAAAACUAUCUGGAAUUUGGACUUAAGUUUUUGCCAAAAAUUACGAUUCCUUUUGGUUGGCUACACUUCCGUAGCUACCAGCUGAUUCUCCUUACUGAGGCUUUACCGAUGACUUGAGACCAGGGCUGUCAUAUGGCUAAAGUCAAGUUAUUGAGUUCAGUACUAGUAAGCUCUCAGAAGGUCUACCAUCAGGAUGGAGAUUUGCUUCCAAUGUCCGUAAUGCGUGCGGCAGUCAGAAGCACCAACAUCUGAUCUUAAGCCUCAGCUCUGGUGUUUCUCUGGGUUAACCAUGCCUCAUUGGCCCAGCACCUGGCCUGACACUGGAGCUCGUUCCUGGGGCUCCCAGAAGUUUGGAGUGCGUAGAAUGUUCCAUCUGGUAUUAAAUUUGUCCCUGUGCCAUGACUCCCAGCUGGAAGUCAUUUGCUGAUGUCCACGUUGACAGGAUUGUGAAAAUAUUGCCUUUCAUAAAACCAAGGACCAAAGAAUUUCAUUAUUCCAACAAGACACGAGUUUCAUAGACUGAGGGCACAUCCAGACAGAGGUGGGCAUGCUUUCUGGCACAGAGAAGCUGCUCACUUCCACCAACCUGGCUGGCCAUGCAGAGGGAUUUAUCACCUUGAGAAGGCUCUGGAAGACGAGUUUCUCAGAUUGAAACUUGCAGUCUCAGGUGGGUGUUUCUGCUGUGCAGUCCCAGCCUUUAUCCAUGUCAUAGAAGGUGGAGGUCUGGCAUUCUUCCAGAUAACCUGACCAGUGUAGAUGAUUCCGUUGGAAUCACGAACUCCAGUGUGAGUUUUUAAAAAUGCAUCUACACUGUGCAGCAUCCCGCAGUUGCUAAAUCUCCACCUCUUUUUGUUCUUCAUUGACCCAUUCCAAUGUCCUAUUUGGCAUGAGAAGAAUUUCCCUCAAUUCUCACACCAAGGGAUGCCCCAUUUCUCAUUCAUGAUGAGAUCACCGAUCCAUUAAUUGGUUGAGAAAUGAUUGACGCUUAUGAAGUGGCAUUCUAGUGGUAAGGCUUAUUACCAAACUUCUGAUAAUGAAGCAGGCUACCAAAAACUUCUCCAGCCCACCCUAAGACUGUUUGGAUUUGAUCAUGGGUGUAGCACACACACCCAAAUCCAAGGAGACCUUUGCAAAUUAGGCUACUCGUUUUGUUUUGCCAGGUUAUCAUGGGUGAGUCUUUAACUAGUUCUGAAUAUUUGUAAGUAUGAGUACUUCAUAGAAUUACACAGCAGGUGCAGCUGACCCUUUCUCACUGCAUUGUAAAUAUUUCCCGAGACUGGGUGCAGUACUGAGGGAUAAUAAUCUUCUGACUUAUCAAAUGCUGACUGUCUAGAGCAAAUUGUCCACUCUCUUUGUGAAUGGUCCUGUAACGUGUAUGAACACAUUUCUGGGUGCCUUAGAAGUUGUAUUUUUCAUGUGUGCUAAUAUGCAGUAUUUAUACAUUGUGAGAAGCUGCUUUGAAUAAAAAGGUUGAAACUUCGUCGACA